GGCCAUCAUAAGAGAUUGUCCGUCAUUCGUCUUUUGUCAAUCAGUCCGCCCCCGAUCGACGUCGGUGAGCUCAAGCAGGGGAUAAGACAUUGUCUGGGACGCAGGGGCAUCUGGUACGGUUUACAUUUCCUCCGCAACAUUGCAACGCGUGCCAUACGCACCGAGCCACGCCGGCAUACCGAAUUCGCCUCGGCGUCGUCGGCCGGGCAGAUUGCAGACAUGCAGUCCGUGACCGAUGACGGUCUCUCGCUGAGGCUUCUCGGCUAUGCAGAGAGGCACAAGGUCGAUCUUACGAAAGCCGGCGAAGAUAGCGACCGCGUUGCUCUCCAGCUCGUCCAGAUCGCACCGAAGGAUGAUCAAUAUCUGCUGCAUCUGUCCGACAAGACCCACUGGAUCGAUGCGCAAUUCGACGCAGAUGUCAUCAGCGAGAUUCAAAAAUUGAGCGACGGAGCCACACUGCCCAGUCUCAAAGGCGGCAUUUUCCGCCUGACGCGCUGGUCGCCAAUAUGGGACAAGUUUCCCGGACCGAACACUCAGCUCAGCCUGCGAGUUCAUAGUGCAGAGUUCCUCGGUGGCAGAGGUGAGGGGACGUACGGAACGCCUUUGCACAUUCUUGCGGAUCCGCGCAUUAGGCAAUGGACCGGCCAGCUAGCUGAAGAAUACGAUAUGCAGCAUCCCAACUUUGCACCCGAUUCGCCUUCGACUCAGCUGUCAGACUUGCAAAGACCGGCAGCCUCCAUGGCACUCCAGACCACGCCCAGUGGUCUCGGUCUGUUCGAUCAAGUCAGUAAUAGUACCUCAUCGAUACCCCAGACAAGCCCAGAGAUGCCCCUUUCGACCAUCAGCAUAGAAGCACGCGCUCCAGCAGCCACACCUCCCGUCUUCUCACCGAGCAGUCUGGACAGAAUUGACGGUGCGCCGAUUCAGUUGCCAUCGUCGGCGUCGGAGAGCGAAGACGACGUUCUGCUGGUUGCGCCUAACAGCAAGCGCACAAGGACUCCACCGAGCUCUGCCAAUGCGUCAAGUAAACGUCAAAAGAUAGACGAACUAUAUGACAUCCUCACUGUCUCAGUUCCGACAUCGGCCAGCAAGCUUCCUGUAGACGCAAGCAAGCAGAUCCAGCGAGUCAAUGACGCCAUCGAGCGCAGCAAACGCAGCGCAAAUCAGAAACAACCCGACGUCGUCGAUCUGGCCUCUUCGGAAACUUCGCCUGUCCUCGAACGGUCCGAAUUCGGUGCAGACCUAGAUGGCAAUGCCUUGGCAGAAGUGGACGCUGCACUCGCACGAGAACUUGCGCAGGAGCAGCAAAACAGUGCGAGCAAGCUGCCUGUGACUAUUACCGCGACUGCAUCAGCAGCGUUGCAACACGUCACGACGAGAGAAGCGGCAGCUGUUGAGGCGACAGUCAGCCGCAAGAGCAGCGUACAAAGCUCGCCCUUGCUCGCUCGGUUAGAAGUCAUGUCAGACAGGCGGACGCGAGACGAGCUGGCUUCGCCUAUGACCUCUGAUCAUUCUGCUCAGCCCGAUGCAGCUUUGAGCGAUUACUCGCCUCGCAGGUCGGCAUCAAAGAGCAUAUUGAAGCAAUUCAGGCAAAAGCUCAAAGGCAAAGCUCGCGAGUCCAUGUCGAGCAGGACGUCGGAUCUCGAGCUCGAAGGCAGAUCUACGCCACGAGUCGACGGUGAACAACGGCCGUUGCAACUCGUCGAGGGGUUCGGUGGUCCCACGCUUGCUUAUGAGCCGCCCCUGCUUGCAAUCGAGCCCAUGCGCCAUCAGUGGACGAUAGGACGACUGCUAGAUCUUUGGCCAAGACAGAACUAGAC